AUGGACGCGUACCUGACCAAGCCCAUCGACCCCGCCCUCAUGGCCCACACGCUGCUCUCCCUCAUGACGCGCUACCCGCGCUGCUGCGUUCCCCACAUUGAGAGCAUUGCGGAGGGCGAGGAGGGGGGUGUAGCAGUUGACGUUGCAGCUGCCACCUCUGCGUCUGUGGGAGGGGUGGGUGCAGCUGGUUCUGGUUCUGCUGGGGGGGAGCGGCCGGUGUCUCCUGCUGCGGCUCUGGUGCUAUCAAACGAUCGCUGCUAUGUGUGCAGGGAGGGCCUCGAUGAAGGGAAUGGGGAAGAGGAGGAGAGUGGGGCAGAGGCUGCUGCUGCAGUGGAACGGCUUGUUGCCUCUCCCGCUGCCUCGCCUGCUGCCCCUCCAGCUGUGGCGAUGCAACUCAUACCAGGCUGCAAGCAAGUGUUUGGAUAUGCUGCCAUGAACGCACGUACCUCACUAACGUACCUCGCCAAGUGGCAAGCGCAUGAGCCCCGCUCUCCUGGUGCAGAUACGAUAGAGCGGUUGGGUGCAGCCCAGGGAGUACCUGUGGUGCUGCGUGCAGCGGGGCAGGGCAGAGGGUACAGAUCCGCCCAAGGUGCUCGUGCUGCUGUUGCCCCUUUCUUUCUGCCCUGCUCCUGCUGCCUCUUUCCUGCUGCCCUGCUCCUUCUGCCUGCUGCUUCUUCCCUGCUCCUGCCCUUUCCUCUGCUGCUUCCCCGCUCGCCAGAACCGCGGCUUGGCACGAGAAGGAUUUGGUAG